AGCCCUCGAGCGCCAGCCAGCCUGCCUCCCCGCCCGCGGCGCCGCGUUUCUGCUCGGGCGGCGCCAUGUCCACGCCGCAGAUCGAGGGGGCGAAGCCGUCCUUCCUGUCGCGGAUGGGCUCGAAGGUCACCACCCUCGUCGCGAGCAACCUGAAGCCGGGUACCGCCAUCUACUCCGUGAUGUUCGGCGCCGCCGCGGGGGUGCUGCUGUCCGGAGUGGUGUACGCCGGGCGCACGUUCAGCGUGAUGUGCUUCGACCACGAGUACUACAAGGUGCAGAGCCGCAAGCGCUACUAUGAGAAGCAGCUGCUCUUCAUGCGCGAGCAGGAGGAGGUUCAGAGCGCGCACUACUACGCGGCGCUCGCUGGAGAGUGCCCUUCAACGACCGUGGCCACGCGCAUGCCCUUCAAGAGCCUGGAGAACAAGUAUCGGUUCUGAGAGCGAAAGCGCGGCGUGGAUGACUCCGAAGGGCCGCGCGGGCCUUCCGACAGGGGGAGGGUUCGAGCGUGUGUUGCUCCGCUACCACGGGCCGCGCGCCAGCGGGCGGCGGCGCCCGCCGCGGCGCCAGCCCGCGCCCGCGGCCGCGCGCGGACGGACGGGCGCUCUCUGCCGGGCGGGCCCGGCCGGGCGCGCGCGGGCAGGCCCACCCGGCACUUCUCCGACUCGAUUUGGACACCAUAAGCGGGCGCCGCCUCGGGGCCGCAGAAG